UAGUUGCUUGGAUCAUCAACUCACACCGCCAGGCAUAUAUGAUGACUCCAGUUUUAGCCUACCUAUUGUAGAGCAUCUACAUUGUAACAUACCAAUGUAUUCGUUCUAGUUCCAUGGGAACUAACAAUUUAGAACUAAUAUUCAAACCAACCAUCAGCCUCUAGCAUCAUCCAUCAACGCCAUGGCGGAAUCCAACGACUCACAUCCUAUCCCUGACCAACUCUACCACACGACCCUUACCGUGGUUGACUACCACCUCGACACAUCCGGCUCGACCCGAGACUUCUACGUCCUCGGCACACACACAACCGUCUCCGCUGCCAAAGCCUUCGCCCUCGGGGCCUUGAAAAGCCUAGGCUACCAACCAGACGACUUCGCCGAUUACACCACACGCCUCGACACCCCGCCAGAGUCAUGGACCCAUGGCGACGGGGUGAUGGUGUACGCCAAGGGGGCGGCAGGACAGGAACUCCUGGUCGGCCUAGACACAAAACCCAACACCGAAUCCCUCCCCGCCGGGCCCGACGACACUCCCCUACUCCCCGAAGACGCCGACCAGCUGUACUACGUCCUGCAGAACCGGACAGACUAUAACCAAGAUAAGAGCGGUGCAUAUCAGACGGCUGAAAUUGAAGGCUGUUAUGCGCAUCGCGAGGAUGCGAUUGCUGCGGCGAAGGGGGUGUUGGGGAUGGAUCGGGAGGAGUUUGCACAGUAUGAUGAAAGGGAGGAUGUGGAUGAUGAGACUGACGGGUGGCCGUUUGGUGACGAGGUGCUGGUGCAUGCCGUCGCGCAGACGGGGGAGAAUUAUACAGUUGCGGUGAAGACGGUGGUGGGAGCGCAUAGGAAGCAUGGGAAGGCGUAGAAAGGGGAUUGGGGAUGGAUCCAGCUGGAGGAGCGGAUGUUACUAGGUACCUAGGUAGUAUGACUGUGCUUCUACGGUAGUCUAGUAUUGGCCGGGUGUAUUGUGGAACUGUCAUGCUGGUAGUAUAUGUAUGCCUCCCUAGGAGUAAACGAUAUCUUCGUGUGAAUGGAACUGGAGAAUACCUAGCAUCGGGCGGUGGUGCUCCAUGAAACGGCAGUCUAUGUGAGCAGCCAGGAAAGAACUGCAGAGGGUAUCUAAGGUCAAUUCGUAGGUUAUGUGACGAA